AUGUAUACGCCAUACGGAACGCCAGUGAAGAACCGAAACCAGGGCAAGGGUCUCCGAAACGACUUUGCGUACGAUAAAAAUGGGCUCCGGCGGUUCCACGGCGCGUUUGAAGGCGGCUGGUCGGCCGGCUACUACAACACUGUAGGGUCACAAGAAGGAUGGACCCCGCGGCAGUGGAGCAGCAGCAAGGACAGCGAGAGGGCGACGAACACGAUAGAGGACUAUGUUGACGACGAGGAUGACCACAGGGAAAAAAGCCAGCGCGAAAUCGUCAACGUCGGGCCUGGAAUCUUGGCUAGGUGGAGCGACCAGAAGAAUGGCUCCGGCUCCGGCUCCAUGAGCGCUUUUGAAGUACUUCCCGAGACGCCAAAGGUGUAUCAGGGCCCAGCAGGUAUUGGGUAUGAAGCUCGACUGGUAGAUCCAUCUGAGUCAGCACUUCAAACCACUCAGAUCGGAACCAAGCGACUGACUAUGGGCUCCACCAACAAGACCAUUUCAAUAGUCCCCGGGUCUGGCAAAAAACGGCCCCUACUGCUGGAAGAUGAGGAGGAGGACGAACUUUAUCCCGUGACCAAGUCUCUUCCUAAGCUGAGGAAAGACAGGGAAGAUACGGGCAAGCCAAAGAGUGUGGUGAAACAUAAGUUUUUGACCGCUGCACAGAGACAAUUGAUGGGAAAGAAAAGUUCUGGGACUGGUUCUGACUCGACAAACUCGUUUACCAAGCCAAGAACGGUCCUGUGUUCAGAUGGAAAACUACCACUUCCAGGAUUCUCCAUUGUUCUGGUGUCCAAUCCCGUGUACAAACAAUACGGGCUCCAUUCUACUCCUGUGACCCAGCAAACACUGCAGACCCAAGUUGAUUCGUUUCUGGACUCUCUGAAUUUUACUUUGGCGUCAGAGAACCCCUACAAGUCGAAAUUGGACAGCAAGUUCCAGCUGGCGGGGAGUGCUGUUGAGGGUCCGAAGGAGGCAAGUGCGAGGACGGUGGUCCAAGAGUGGGUGCCAUCAAAGCUGCUCUGUAAGCGAAUGGGCAUAAGGUAUGAGAAGCCGAGGGAGGAGGAUGUCAGGGAGGUUACGAGAGGUGGAUUUGGAAGGGAGAAGAUAGAAAAGCUGAGGAGGUUGUUUAGCUAG